GGGCUGGGCUGCUUCCUGCGGAAGUGGCUCGGAGGCCGUCGUGCCGGCGUCGUGUCCCCAACUCCGCGGGGCGGCUUUGUGGGGGUCUGUGCCAACAUGGCUGACCAGGACCCCCGCUACCCCUGCUCCUCGAUCGAGGACGACUUCAACUAUGGCAGCUGCGUGGCCUCCGCCAGCGUGCACAUCCGAAUGGCCUUUCUAAGAAAAGUCUACAGCAUCCUUUCUCUGCAAGUUCUCUUAACUACAGUGACAUCUGCAUUUUUUUUAUACUUUGAUUCUAUGCGGACAUUUGUACAUGAAAGUCCUGCCUUAAUUUUGGUGUUUGCCCUUGGAUCUUUGGGUUUGAUUUUCGCCCUGACUUUAAACAGACAUACGCAUCCCCUUAACCUGUACCUGCUUUUUGGAUUUACACUGUUGGAAGCUCUGACUGUGGCCUUUGUUGUUACUUUCUAUGAUGUGAAUAUUGUUCUGCAAGCUUUUAUACUGACAACUGCGGUAUUUCUUGGUUUGACUGUAUAUACUCUACAAUCUAAGAGAGACUUCAGCAAGUUUGGAGGAGGACUUUUUGCUGUUUUGUGGAUUUUGUGCUUAUCAGGAAUCUUGAGGUUAUUUUUUUACAGUGAGACGGUGGAGUUGCUCUUGGCUGGUGUAGGAGCCCUUCUUUUCUGCGGAUUCAUCAUCUAUGACACCCACUCACUGAUGCACAGGCUGUCACCCGAAGAGUACGUAUUAGCUGCCAUCAGCCUCUACUUGGAUAUCAUCAAUCUGUUCCUGCAUCUGUUGCGGAUUUUGGAAGCAGUUAAUAAAAAGUGAUUGAAAGCAGUAUGUAGAAAUGGAUUCACUAAUAAAGUCUGAGAUAUAAUUAACCAUCGAAUACUUUUAUGAUUUUAUUUGUAUGCUUUGUACUUCUGAGCUAUUACUAUAAUAUCAUAGUAAUACAUGUAUUAGUAUUACAUAAUACUAGUUAUAAUUACCUAUAAUAUGUAUUAUAUUAAAUAUAUAAUAACUAGAUUAUAUGACAGUUAUAUAAAUCUUACUGUUUUUUAUGUAUCUUAGUUUUAAAUUCUUCAUUUAGAAUCUGAAGAGAUACCAAAAUUCUGUUUUUCAAUUUUUUUCAAUCCUAAACUUGCCAUAUAUAGAUUUUCAUUUGCAAUUCAAAAAUAAUGUUAUGAGUAGAUAAAAUUAAGACUGUCAAUUUCUUUGUCUAGUGAUUUUAUCUAAAUUUUCCUUUAAGUAAUAUUAGACUUGAUUUUGAUUUUAAAGUACUUGUGUCCUUACCAUUAUAAAGUGUAAAUCUCCUUUUACUGGGAGAUUUUGAUCUUACUUGGAAAGGAAAAAGUAUAAAAGAAAUUCCACAGAGAAUUAUUCAGUAUUACAAUAAAAUUAUAUUAAAAUGUUAAUGACAUUUCAUUAUAAAAUGAAUUCUGCUUGACAGUCAUAUUUUGACAUAAAAUUUAAUUUAACAUUAUUAGCUUUUUUUUAAGUACAGGUUUCAUAUAAAAAUUAUAGCAGUAUACUGGUGGCCAGGGAAACUUUGGCCAAUUCCUGACUGCAUUAGAUUGCUAAGGUGCCAUAACAAAGUAUCACGGACUGUGUGGCCUGAACAGAAAUUAAUUUUCUUACAGCUCUGGAGGCUAGAAGUGUGAGGUCAAAGGUGUCAGCUGGGUUGGAUCUAAGGUCUCUCUUUGGCUGGUAGAUGGUCAUCUCCCCGUAUCUUCACACGGACUUCUCUCUGCACCUGUCUGUGUCCAAAUUUCCUCUUCUUAUAAGGACACCAGUCCUAUUGGAUUUGGGCCCACCCUAAUGACCUCAGUUUACUUUAAGUACCUCUUUAAAGACCAUCUCCAAAUACAGUCACAUCCUCAGGUCCUGGGGGUUAGGACUUUGCAGUGGUCUGAAUGUUUGUGUCCCCCAGAACAAUUUGUUGAAACCUAAUGGCCACUGUGAUGGUGUGAGGAGGUAGGGCUUUUGGGAUGUACUUAGAUCAUAAGGAUAGAGUUCUCACGAAUGAGAUUAGUGCUCUCAUAAAAGAAACCCUGUAGAGAUCUCUCACUCUUUCUGCUAUUUGUGGUGACAGCCAAAAGACACCGUUUGUGAAUCAGAAAGAGGAACUUUAACUAGAUACAGAAUAUGCCUGCACUUUGAUCUUGGACUUACUAGCCUCUAGAACUGUGCGAAAUGUAUUUCUGUUGUUUAUAAACAACGCAAUCUCUAGUGUUUUGCUAUGGCUGCCUGAAUAGACUAAGACAGACUUUAUCAUAUGAAUUUUUAGAGGAUACAACUCAGCCCAUAACAUUCACUAAGCAUCAUUUCCCAACUAUUAAACUUUAGAAAUAAAUUAAUGGUAUAUAGAUUUAGCCUUUGGUGAGUUUUAGAUGUAAAUUUGAUUCCAUCACUAUCAGUUGAUUAUUGAAUACCAAUUGCAUGAUGAUGUACUCAAGUUUUAACAUAGCAUCACAGGUAAGAGCAUAUAAAUGGAAUCCUUACUAUGCAACCAACUGAUUAUGAGAUCUUUGGAAAAUUACUUAUCCUUCUUAGAUCUUUUACCUCAUCUUUAUAAUGGGAAUAAAAACACCUACUUUAUUGUGCUGAUACAAGGAUUAAAUGAGAUGGAUACAUCAUAUAAAAUAAGUGUUUGUUAAUGUCAGAUGUUGUUAUUAAUUAAUGUUACUGUUGUCAGUCCAAAUUGUGACUAAAGAUAUUAAAUAAGCAAAUGCAGAUUUGACAUUUAAAAAAUGUAAA